CGACCAAAAAGUAACAUCUGGGACAAUCCACAGCAUCCAAUCCGAUAUCCAUCCCCAGCAACAGGCAAAGACAGAAGAGAAAGGUAAACACCCCUGUGAACCAAAUAAUCACCACAUGUGGGUCUCUUCCAGCCCUGCCCCUGUCGGAAGUCGGAAGCAUCUUCCACCAAGCUGUUCAAGUCUUGACGUCACCCUUGGCCCGGUCCUUAACUCGGUGACUUGGCUAACCCCGCAAUGCAUCUUGUGAAUGAGAUCUUUGGUAAACGGGUAAUACCAUACUAGUGUAACUCACUCCGUUGAUCGACAAUCAUUCAGGGUCCUACUUCUCAUCAUUGGUCCUUGAUAUAUAACACUGGGGGCCUGGACGAUACACCCGGCGGCAGGAACAAGCCGUCCAGUAUCUACUCACCUACAUUGACCCACCACACUCUCACGAUAAUCCUCCAUACACACAAUGACCCCAGGACAUUCCUACUAUGAGUUCCCCUCGCAUGAGACUGACGCCCUCCUGGGCCGUCGAAACCAGGGCCCAACCCGCCUGCAUCACCUGAGGAAAUACAUGCGCACCGACAUCGACCCGCGCGGAGCCGACAUCCUCCUCCUACUAUGCUACGUCCUCACCGGCCUCCUAGACAGCUCAGCCGUCUCCAUCUGGGGCUCCUUCGCCAGCAUGCAAACCGGCAACACCGUCUACCUCGGGCUCGGACUAGCAGGUGUCGACGACACCGGCCGGUGGCUGAGAUCGCUCGUCUCCAUCGGCGGGUUCUGCCUCGGCUCCGUGUUUUUCUCGACGUUCCAUCGCUCAACGCAGCCUCCGGUGCGGGCACGAUGGGCCCUCGCCCUCUCGUUUGGCAUGCAGACAGCGUGUCUCAUGUUGGCGGCGACGGUCGUCACUGUUUACCGGCCGGUCGGAGAGUCAGGGCUCACGUGGAGGACCGCGCUGCCGUUGGGUCUGGUUGCGUUCCAGAGCAGCGGCCAGGCGGUUGCGAGUCGCGUGCUGCAGUUUCGGAGCCUAACUAGCGUGGUGUUGACCAGUGUGUACUGCGACUUGUUUUCGGAUUUGUGGGCAUUUCGAGACCCGGAGCAGCUGCGGAGGCUGGGGCAGUGGGAGGGAUGCUGGUGGGGACUUGCGUAG